AGGGCGCUCACCGAGCCGCGCCGCUCCAGGGCCUACAACCCCGCCGACUACGACUACCUGCCCGUGUCCGGCGAGGUCAAGGAGCUCUUCGAGUACAUUCGGAGGUACACCCCCCAAGCGAUAGAGCUCGAGCACAAGCUGCAGCCCUUCAUUCCCGACUUCAUCCCCGCGGUCGGAGACAUCGAUGCGUUUCUAAAGGUGCCGCGUCCGGACGGCAGCCCCGACAACCUGGGCCUGCUGGUGCUCGACGAGCCCUCCACGAAGCAGUCGGAUCCCACGGUGCUCUCCCUGUGGCUCACGGAGGACUCCAAGCAGCACAACAUCGCCCAGCAGGUCAAGGUGAAGAGCAUAGAGAACGCAGAGAAGAACCCCAAGGCUAUCGACAGCUGGAUCGAAAGCAUCGCCGAGCUGCAUCGCUGCAAGCCGCCCGCCACCGUGCACUACAGCAGGGCAACCCGAGGCUCUGGGUGUCUCCUGGCCACCCUGGUCUCACAGAGGAAGUUGGGCUCGUGUUUUCAGAGGCUGCCUGUGUUCCAGUUAUUGAAAACUACACCUUUGUGCUGGUGGGUUCUUUUCCCGCAGCACUUCAAGUCUCUGGCGGAGGGGAAGGCGGCCAGGAGCCCCCCGUCCCACGCAGCUUCCCAGGCGGCAGAGGCAGAAGUGCUCAGCUUUACGUGA